AUGCCAAAAAGUCGUCUCUUUUACAUCCGAGAUGAGAACUCCAGCUACUUGUUUUUAGUGGAUACUGGGGCACAAAUUAGUGUAAUACCAGCCAAGCCUAAUAUGUUGACUAGAAAGACAGAUUAUACGUUACAAGCGGCGAAUGGAUCUUCAAUCCAGACAUAUGGUGAAACCUCUUUAACCCUAAAUCUGGGAUUUAGGCGAUCUUUUCCGUGGGUAUUCACGAUAGCCCAAGUUCGAACCCCAAUCCUAGGAGCGGAUUUCCUCGCCCACUUUAACUUGUCCGUUAAUAUGUCUUCCCUUUCUUUGGAGGAUAAAACGACCAACAUUACAAGGAAAGGAAUUACAUCUAUUUAUACGAGCACAUGUAUCAGCGCAACUCUACCUGAAGCCAACGGAAUGCAGGAUCUGUUACAAAAAUAUUCUCAAAUUACAACACCAUUCCGGUAUACAGAAACCGUUCGUCACAAUGCUGAGCACCACAUUGAUACUACGGGCCAAUCCACGCAUUCAUCUCCACGGCGAUUGAGGCCUGAUAAAUAUAAACUGGCGAAAGACGAGUUUCAGCACAUGCUGGACCUCGGUAUAAUUAGACCUUCUUCGAGUCCUUACUCAUCUCCUCUUCAUAUGGUUCCAAAACCGGACUCAGGAGCUUGGAGACCUUGUGGCGAUUUCCGCAAGCUGAAUGCUACUACAAUUCCGGAUAAAUACCCCCAUCCCGUACUUGCACGAUUUCGCAGUGGGUCUGCAGGGCGCCACAGUCUUCACCAAACUUGA